UCAGAGAUUCAAUUCUUAAGUCUAUAUCUUUCGCAUUACGAAGAUGACGAGCUACAAAAAUAUUUCAACAUAUUCCUUUGUUUGUGUUGCCCUCUACAUCACAUUAGCCCAUGCAGCCACUUUCAAUAUCCGAAACAACUGCCCCUACACGGUUUGGGCUGCAGCAGCGCCUGGAGGAGGCAGGCAGCUUGACCAUGGCCAAGUUUGGGACCUCGACGUAAGCUCUGGAACUGGAGGCGCUCGCAUCUGGGCUCGAACCAAUUGCCAAUUUGAUGAAGCAGGGCAAGGUAAAUGCCAGACAGGUGACUGUGGGGGACUCCUUCAAUGCCAAGGCUAUGGUUUGCCUCCUAACACCCUGGCUGAAUACGCAUUAAACCAGUUCAAUGGCAUGGAUUUCUUUGAUAUCUCUCUUGUUGAUGGAUUCAAUGUUCCCAUGGAAUUUAGUCCAACUUCCGGUGGGUGCACUAGAGGGAUCAAAUGCAGUUCAGAGAUUGUAGGGCAGUGCCCGACUGAACUUCAGGCCGCUGAUGGGUGCAAUAAUCCUUGUACUGUGUUCAAAACUGAUCAAUAUUGUUGCAAUUCUGGGAGCUGUGGUCCUACAAAUUUCUCUAGUUUUUUCAAGGAAAGGUGCCCUGAUGCGUACAGUUACCCUAAGGAUGAUGAAACAAGCACUUUUACAUGUCCUGCUGGGACUGACUAUAAGGUAGUGUUCUGUCCUUGAAAUUAAUACUAACAAUUAUUUAAGUCAUGAUGUUCUUGUACUUAAAAUUUCACGACUGCUAUGUAACAAUAAGAGAGCAGCGAGCUCCAAACACUGUUACAGACUUGUUAAUCAAUUUUAUUGGUUUAGACAUGAUUGUAUGUGGCCGGAUUUAUGAGAAGUUUUUUCUUGUAUUCAUAAUCCAUUUGA